CGAUAACUUAUUGACCCUCAUCGCAUUCGGCCGAAUCUCUGAACGUCAUGGCUUCCUUGCGACGCUUCCUGUUAUGGCUUGGCUUGGCCAUGCUGGUGAUAUCUCCACUGUGUGUCGGUGUAUCAGGCUCGUUUGUCGAUGAGGAAGACAAUGAAGCGUUGGCUGGCGUCUCCUUCGCUCACGAAUUUCCAAAACAUCGCUUCGGCACUAUUCCCACUGGCGAAGAAGUUGAGAUCCUCAUUACUGUGUCAAACAAAGGAGAGUUGAACCAGACCAUAGCCGCGAUAUCUGGUGUCUUGACUUAUCCUCACAACUCGUCGUUGAUUGUGCGCAACCUUACUGCCUACCGUUACAGGACGGAUGUCGACAUCAACGACGAGGUUACCGUUCCGUUCAGAUUUAUUGUCGAAGUGGAACCAAUGGAACUCAACUUGAUUGUGUUUGUGGAUAUGAUCAACUCUGCGGGUAACAUCCACCGUGCGAUCGGCUACAAAGGAAUCGUUACCGUAGUCGAAAAUGAUUCGUUGUUCGAUCUUCAGAGCAUAUCUAUUUACCUUCUUGGUGCCGGCUUCUUUGCGGGCGUUGGUUACUUUGUGUAUGAAUCGUUCUUUGGUGGAAAGAAGACGUCUCGUGCAAAGCGGGUCAAGCCUGUCGCUGUCGUCAAAGAGACCGAUGUCAAACCUGGUGAGCCCGAUAUGGAAUGGAUUCCGGAGCACUUGGUGCAGCAAGCAACCGCCGCAAAGCGCCAGAGCUUGAGAAUCAAAAAGCGUCAAACUAAAUAGAUUGCUGCGAAGCAUCGAUGAUCAAUGGGCGUUCAGAACUGAUGGGAAUAAUGUUCUUGGCCUUGAAAUCUUCACUUGUAGUAUCAGACUCAGGGGGCGGAUGAUUUGUUCGCAAAUCCGCAGAGCCGUCCAUUAUGGUUUAAUACAUAAGGGAGAAGUAUAUUUUACAGCAAGAAAGAUAAUCACAAAACUGAUAUUACAACUA